GAUUUUCAUCUUUUAUUGUGUUAAAUAAGUUUGCAUUAUUUAAUAUUAGUAAAGAAUAUCAACCUAGAAUAAGAUAUAAUUAAUGGCAGAAUUGCAUAUAUUAGGACAGUUAAAAUAUUCCAUAUUUGGAAAUAAGAAUUCGUUAUUCUGUCGAUAUUCAUCCCAAACUGGGCCAAACUGGACCCUAAUUUCAGGUAGUUCUGAAGGACAAACAUUAUCGGGAAAGCCAGAUCAUGAAGGGCGCGUUAUUUGGUCGCAUCCUAUAGAUUUACAUUUUAUAACAAAAGGAAUACAAGGUUGGCCGAAGCUACUGCUUCAAGUGAGUUGCUUGGAUUCUUUAGGCCGUUCCUGGUUAGUUGGCUACGGUUGCUGUAACCUGCCUGCAGGGCCCGGCAGCCACACAAUAAGAGUUCCUUGCUGGAUACCGGCUGCGACUUCCAUUACUGAUAAACUCAGACAGCACUUCCUGGGGGGCUCUCAUCAACUAGCUCGCACUGAUAUUAUUGCUUUAGGUACAGACAGGGUGAAUCUUACAACUGAGUCUACAGGCCUUGUAGAACUAGAAGUUUGUGUUGUUCAUAGAAACUUUACUCAGUUUGGAAUUGAAUAUAAAUAAAAUGCAUCCAAUCAAUUAUUUAAUUUUCACUUUGGUGUCGAUUCUAAUACAAUUUUGCGUAAUGGAUUUGAUUCAAGAUAAUGGUGAGAUAAGCAAAAUUAUGCGCAAUACGAGCUUAGAAAACGGAGAAAAUAGUCUGCACAGCGUUUUAAAAAAUAUCGCUGAAAAACCACAUGGCCUUUAUUAUAGAAAUUAUGAGAAAUUAUUAAGCCCAACACACACGUAUGACAAUGCCUCAGUAUUUGAUGUAACUAUCCCUAUAUCAACAACAAUAUUGGAUUGGAUUUAUGACGAAAACAUGUCAACAACAGAAGAAACAUAUACAACCACGCUAUUUGUAGAUACAGAUAAUACCACCGACGUAUUAGAUGUGACAACCACAACAUUGACAACAUUAUUGUCGAAGAAAACGGCAAUAAGUAACGACUGUGCUUGC